AUGCUGCUCAGCCGCGCCAGGCGGUCAUAUGACAGUGGGCCCCCGACACCACCGUCGCCGACUUUUGUCAUUGAUGACGGUGAUGACGAGCAGAGCGACAGCAGUCAUCCCAAGCGUAAGCAUGGUGAUCAUCGCAGGUCUGCAUCCUCCAGUGAUGUAACACCGCGUCCAAAACCAUACGUUUUCCGCUCGGGUCCCUUCUUAGCCCUGCCCACUUUUCACCACGAGCAUGAUCGCCGCCGGCAGCAGCAGGAAGCAUCACUUGACGUUGAAGAUCACUCUGAUUUUGAUGGUUCUGCACCGCACGCACGUCACGAUCUGAACAUUAAUAUCCUUAGUUCCGAUCCGUUCCUUGCCGCGCCACUGCAACAAUCCUCGAGAAGAUUAGGCUUCUUUACUUCGAGCAGUACCAGCAACUCCAAGAAUACGAGUCCAUCUCCUUCGAAACACCUCAACCACAGCGACAGGUCACAUUUGUAUUCUCGUGCUGAAGCUGCAGCCUCCCAAUCCUCGAUAAUGGCUUCUGUCGCAUCUUCGAAUACCCUCAAAUCACACACAUCUCCCUCGAAGCCCUCCUCCACCCGUACUUACGAUGCGAAGCUCGUUUCACGAGAAAUGCACCGCCUCGGGACCCUCGCAGGUCUCAAUCCCAGCAUUGCCCCCUCCUUAUCUACUUGUCCUGUUGCACCUCCUCUCGUACUCACGCCCUCAACCUCGCCAUCCAGCAGCGGUAUCGCAAGUGCUCCCACACUUCAUACCAGUGCAUCAAGCGUGGGUAUAACAGACAAGGAUAAUCCCUGGCGCACACUACAUGUACAUGUCCUCCCCCUCUUCAAUGAGGAGCCAUUACGCGUACCUAUAGAAGACCUUAACGCCCUUGUCCGGCGGCACAUACAAACGGUGCUAGCUGUGUCCCCUUCGAAAACCCUUGCAACUCUCGAAACAGACGCGCGCGAGCUCAUUGCAGCAGGCAUGGUCACUCUCAACGCCAAGCUCUCUAAUAUUUCAGACGAAGCAUUAUUGGGCCGUGUCAUUGAGAUCUGGGGCUUUUUCUGGGACCAAAUACUCCCGUAUAUCGAGGGGGUCCUAUUACCAUUGCAAACGGAUCCUUUAUUGACCUCGUUGCAUCGUACGCAAAAACAACAUCGGACCUCUUCACCCACGCGACAAGGCAGUAAAUUGAAUGGCUCAUCAACGCUGACUUCGCUAUCUCCGACGAUUGACGUUCGGAGCGUUGCCCUAUGUGCGUUCCGCGAUCGCGUCGUACUUCCUAUCUACGGCCGUCUACAGAAUCUGCUGUCGCUUCCUUUUGGGAAAGAUAUGCUCGCUCGGCUGAGUCCCUUCCGUCAACCGAGAUUGCAGCAGAUGUGUGUGCCUUAUCACCUUGAAAUCUAA